AUGAGAGACAUAUUCUUCAUAGAGCCCAGAACUCUGCCAGGUGCUGCACCAGCUGCAGCAGCAGCAGCAGCAGCUGCAGCAGGAGAAGCAGCAGGAGAAGCAGCAGCAGCAGGAGCAGCAGCAGCAGCAGGAGAAGCAGCAGCAGGAGAAGCAGCAGCAGGAGAAGCAGCAAUAGGGAUUGUAGCAGCAGCAGUAGUAGUAGCAGCAGGAGCAGGGGCAGCAGCAGCAGCAACAGAAGCAGUAGCAGUAGCAGAGGCAACAGAAGCAGCAGAAGCAGUAGCAGCAGUAGCAGCAGCAACAGAAGCAGCAGCAGUAGUAGCAGCAGCAACAGAAGCAGCAGCAGCAGUAGUAUUCAGCCUGACGUACUGCUGCACCAAAGCCACCAUCAGCACCCCCUUCUGCUGCUUCCCAGAGCUCUGCCAGCAACAUCAAUACUCCUUUCCCUCUGACGUCUGGUCCCUUGGCUGCAUCGUCUAUGAACUCGUUAGCAACCACCAGCAGCAGCAGCAGCAGCAGCAGCAGCAGCAGCAGCAGCAGCAGCAGCAGCAGCAACAGUAG